AUGGGUUCUAAAACACCAGAUGAGCAUCAGCAAGAUCCAGAUGGAUCGUCCGCUGAUGCAAUUGCCGACAUCAAUCCUCCCAAGCCAGCAGCAGCGACUGGCCUCGUUUCCGGUGUGCUUGAAGGGCAGGAUGAAGACGGUGACGGCGAUGGAGGAGACGACCGCGUUGGAUGCGACUUGAAUACCGACAACAGUGAGUCAGAUCAGCCUGAACAAAUNAGCAUUGUUUCUGAUUACAACUCAGACAAGACUAAGAAGAAGAGAAAGAACAAGAAGAAGAAGAAGCUUCGUGGUGGCCAGCAGACAGCACCACCCAGGGUCGCGCUUGCCAAUAUUUUCCAUGGCAACAAGUACCCCGAGGGCGAGAUUGUCGAGUACACACCUCGCAACGACAAUCUGCAGCGAACCACUUGUGCAGAGCUCCGUCAUCAAGAUGCCAUCAAAAACAUGGACGAUGAAUUUCUGAACGACUACCGUAAGGCCGCCGAGGUCCAUCGCCAAGUCCGCCAGUACGUACAGACAAUCGCCAAACCAGGUGUCACGAUGAGCCAGCUCGCCGACGAGGUUGAAGAAGGCGUCCGAUCAUUGGUGGGCCAUCAAGGUCUUGAGGCCGGAGAUGCACUCAAGGCCGGCAUGGGCUUUCCCACUGGCUUGUGCCUGAACAAUGUUGGGGCACACUGGACUCCCAACCCCGGAGGCAAGGAAGUCGUGCUUCAGUAUGACGAUGUCCUGAAAGUGGACUUUGGUGUCCACGUGAACGGCCGCAUUGUCGACAGCGCGUUUACCGUGGCUGCUAAUCCUGUCUAUGACAACUUGCUCACUGCUGUCAAGGGAGCCACCAAUACUGGACUCAAGGUAAGUCGACUCGAACGCAAAUGUCUGUACGCGAGCUCAGUGGUUCUANNGGAAGCUGGUAUCGAUGCCAGGAUCGAUCAAAUCAGCGAAGACGUUCAAGAAGUCAUGGAGAGCUACGAGGUCGAACUCAACGGCAAGACCAUCCCUGUCAAAGCGGUCCGAAACAUCACUGGCCACAACAUCUUACGCUACAAGAUCCAUGGCGACAAGCAGGUUCCUUUCGUCAAGACCGAGACAGACCAACGCAUGGAGGAAGGCGACAUCUUUGCCAUCGAGACCUUCGGUACCACCGGAAAUGGUUACCUCACAGACGACAUUGGUAUCUACGGCUAUGGUCGCAACGAAAAUGCUCGUCCUAAAGGCCUGCAGUUUGCAUCGGCCAAGUCGUUACUCAAGACCAUCGAUGAUAACUUUGGGACACUCGUCUUCUCCCGGCGCUACCUUGAGCAUUUGGGCGUGAAGAACUACCAUCUAGGUAUGAAGUCACUCAUUGCUAGUGGCGUCGUUGAGGACUAUGCGCCUUUGGUCGAUAUCCCUGGAUCUUAUAUCGCUCAGUUCGAGCAUACUGUCCUGCUCAGACCCAACUGCAAAGAAGUCAUCUCUCGCGGAGACGACUAUUAG